GAUCGCCUGCGGAGACGACAUCCACCUCUACGACAACCAGAUCAGCCCUGGGCCAGACGCUGACGACUCCGGUUGCGUGUUGCUGAACACGUCAAGACGGUAUGUGAAGCUGAUGAACUUCGAGGAGGAGAUCCGGGCUCACCGGGACCUGGACGACUUCCUGGCCACGGCCACCAUCCUGCUGGACGAGACCGCGGCCUCCCUGGACGACGUCCUGAAGAGAAUGCUGCACCACGUGGGCCAGGACAGCAACGCCUCCGAGCCCAGCUGCAACUUCGAGGAGGUGAUGAGCAUGCUUUUCACGGACGCGGGAGCUCAGGAGGUCAACGUCCACCUGCUGUCAGAGACGAUCCAGGGGGUGACGGCCACCGGCACCGGGAUCCAGUACCAGCAGUCCUGGCUCUGCAUCCUCUGCAACGUGAAGCAUCUCCAGAGGCGUCAUGUGUGCAUCUCCCGCCUGGAGAGGCCACAGAACUGGGGGGAGAACUGCUGCGAGGUCCGCUAUGUCAUCCUGAUCCUGGCUCCACUCAAAAUGAAAAGCACCAAGACGGCGAUAGAGCUGGGCAGGACGUUCGCCACCCUCUUCUCUGACAUCUCCUUCAGGCAGACGCUGCUGGAGACGAAGACGCAGGAGGAGUUUAAGGAGGCGCUGGUGUUCCAGAGGCACCAGCUGACGGCAACCAACCAGCCGCCCAUCGCUCUGGGGAAGGAGGAGACCGAACCCCGCAGUGGCGCUGUCCCCGGCGUGUCGGCGUCGCCUCGGUCUCACCUUCUCCCUCUCGGUCCACAGUGUACGGACUUCUUGAAGGCCGGCCGGGGGAUUUACGAGGACCUCUGCCGCCGACUGCCGUACUACCCCUCUGACUUCACAGACGGAAUCGUCGGCAGUAAUAAAACCCUGCUGAAGUACAUGACCACGGCCAUCUUCCUCUACAUCGCCAUCCUCCUCCCCGCCAUCGCUUUCGGCUCCCUCAAUGACGAGAGCACACGUGGCGAGAUAGAUGUUCGCAAGACCAUGAUCGGCCAGAGCAUCGGCGGGGUCAUCUACUCGCUGUUCGCCGGCUCUCCUCUCGUCAUCCCUCUGACCACAGCUCCCCUCGCCAUCUUCAUCAGCGUGAUACGAGGAAUCUGCGACGACUACAACCUGGACUUCCCGGCUUUCUACGCCUGCAUCGGCCUGUGGAACUGCCUCUUCCUCAUCCUGGCGGGGAUCUUCAACGUCAGUUUGUUCAUGAAGCUCUUUAAAAGGUCGACGGAGGAGGUCAUCGCGCUGUUCAUUUCCAUCGCCUUCGUGGUGGACGCCGUGAAAGGAAUGGUCAAAAUCUUUACCAGGAACUACCACGCCCCGACGCUGGCCAACAGGAGCGUGGACACCUUGCCUCGGGGCGGCGGCGAGCCGCUCGGGGGGAACGGCAGCGACGCGGCGGCGGCCGGGUUCGACCUCAACGCCCUCCCCGAAACCGUCAUCCAUUGCACCCGAGAGAGGCCCCUCCUCUGCCUCCUGCUGAUGCUCGGGACGCUGUGGAUGGGCUACACCCUCUACCAGUUCAAAAGGAGUCCGUUCCUGCAUGCCAAAGUGAGGGAGGUGCUGUCGGACUGCGCCCUGCCGAUCUCGGUGCUCUUGUUCUCCUUCAUCGGCUCCUACGUCUUCAGGGAUAUUGAGCUUCCGGUUUUCAAAGUUCACAACCGACCCGUCUUCAAAGUGGCUCCGUUCGAGCGGCUGUCGGGCCUGAACGUCCUCAGCGCCAUGGGCAUCGGCUUCCUCCUGGCCCUCCUCAUCUUCAUCGACCAGAACAUCGUUGUCUCGCUGACCAACGCGCCGGAAAACAGGUUGCUGAAGGGCACGGCGUAUCACUGGGACCUCAUGCUCUCCGGGCUCAUCAACAUCCUGAUGUCGGUGAUGGGGUUGCCCUGGAUGCACGCCGCCUUCCCCCACUCCACCCUCCAUGUGCGCCAGCUGGCUUUCGUGGAGCAGCGGGUGGAGGGGGGGCACCUCUACGAGACCAUCGUCCAGGUGAAGGAGACCCGGCUGACGUCUCUGACCGCCAACAUCUUCAUCGGCGCGUCGGUGCUGCUGCUGCCGCUGCCGCUGCAGUGGAUCCCCAAACCCGUCCUGUACGGCCUCUUCCUCUACAUCGCCCUCACCUCCAUCGACGGGAACCAGUUGUGCGACCGCAUGGCCCUCCUCCUCAAGGAGCAGACGUCUUACCCGCCCACACACUACAUCCGCAAAGUGCCCCAGAGGAAGAUCCACUUCUUCACCUUCCUGCAGAUGAUGCAGCUGCUGGUGCUCUGCAUGUUCGGCAUGUACCCGAUGCCGUACAUCAAGAUGAUCUUCCCUCUGCUCAUGAUCAUGCUAAUUCCAAUCAGGAACAACGUGCUUCCUCACAUCAUUGAGGCCAAAUACUUGGACAUAAUGGACGCCCAACACAUGUAGCUACAGAUGGAGACGAGUUCUGGAUCUACAAAUAGACGUCUGGAAUUCAAGAGAAAUGUAAAAAAAAGGGAUAAAGAAAAGAAAUGAGGAUUUAAAAAACAACAACAACAUAUUUUUCAAUGCAAAACUGUACGAAAGCAAAAAGGAGAAAAUAACGACUGCUUUGAUUUCCAUAUCUGAUCAGAAGAUUCUUACAGGUGACGCACUGGAAAUGGUGGGAAGUCGCGUGAGACAGAGAGAUGAGGGCCGUGUGGGAAAUAUUUCCAACCGUGGACCGACUGCAUCUCUCUGGGGGAAAAUUCUACCGGGAAAAAAAAUUAGAUAAAUAACA